UUGAUUGUCUCGAGAAGUGAGUCAGGAAGUUUGGUUGAGCGCUGUGUGAGGCGCCAUGGGUGCCAGCCUGACGCUCUGCUGCUGUCACUACCACUUCAAGUACCACAGAGGGGAGACAAACGCAUUUUUACGCAUGCACGCUGCCAAGGCUUCCAAGACUCCACAGCCACCGUCCAACGACUCGGGUAAUAGCGAUGCAGAGGAGGAAUGCCAUUGGGGGCCGCAGAGUACAACGAGGAGAAACCGGGGGACAAAUACGCACGGAGCCUCAUGCAUCAGGCGGGAAUCCGAGAGAGAGCUCCAGGCUUUCAUCAGCAUGAGAGAUCAGGUUGACAAAGCUACUGAGGAAUGGGAGAAGCUGAAUUAUGACAUCCACACUUUGCGCUACGCCCGACGGGAAGUGAGAGCUCGAUGGAAGAAAAUCCUGCUACAGUUAGGUUAUCAGUCUGAGGCGGAUGCUCUGUUGUACGUCAACAAACAAAGUCGCCUCAAUCGAGACCAGGAGAGUCUGAGCAGAGCGACUGAACCGUUGACCCAGUUAUUGGACCACACGUCCCUGUUUCCUCCAGGAACUGGACAUAAGACCAGAUACCUCUAUGUCAUGGACCGCCUGGUGUGUCUGGACAGCGCCGAAGACUUUGUCAGAUUGGCCACAGAAAAGUAUCCAAAGGCCAAGACACAAGAAGGCUGAAACGAAGCACAUCAAAGCUGUUAUUUUGUUCUGUUUUGGACUUCAACCUAUUUAUUAUUUGUAGAGUGCUUGUUGUUCCUAAAAUGCUUUUGUAUUUGAUAAAGGCAAUUUCAUCGAUGACAGGUUAUAGUGGUUUGCUGUUGUCACGACGGAGGCAAAAAGGGGAGGAAUA